AGAAAAAAAAGAAGCCAAAGCCCACAAGAAUGAAUUGGGCUGAUGCGUUGACGAACAAGUGGAGUGAGUUCACAUUGAAUCUAAUCUAACCCUGUUAUUUAUAUUAUCAAUCAGAAGCCGUUAAGAUAAGAAGGGCAGUCGAUCAAUCUCUGUCUCAAAGUUUCUUCUUCUUGAACCUUCUCCCUUCCCCUGGGGAUAUAGGAGGAGAGAGAGAGAAGAAGAAGAUUCUUUCUUUCUUUCUCCAAUUAUCCAAUACCUCCUUAGUAUUAGUAGCUUAGAUUAGAUCUAUCUUAUCUUAUCUUAUUAACUUUUGUUUUAAUUAAGAAGAAAAAAGAUAUGAUGGAACUCCAGAAUUCAGUAACAACACCUAUCGCUAUGGGGGUGGAUCCUUUCUUGGUUGAGGCUCUUCAGAACCCUCGUCAUCGUCUCACUAUUCUUCGAAUGGAACUUGAUAUUCAGAAAUUCAUCCAAAACACUGAACAAGAACUAUUCGAGUUUCAGCAUUUCCCAACAUCAUAUCUUCGCCUUGCAGCUCACCGUGUUGCACAACACUACGGUCUUCAAACCAUGGUUUUUGAUAACUUCUCAGAUGGUCAAAAGACCCGAAUUUUAGUCAAACGGUUGACCGAAACCAAACACCCUGCAGUCUGUCUGUCAGAUGUACCGACUAAAACUUUAGAAAACGAGAAACACGAGCAUAUCAAGGUUGUUUUAAAACCAAGGCCAAAAUCGUCAUCGGAUGGAACAAAUGUCAGAAUGAAAUCGGAUUUUGUAAAAACCGUUGAAGAAAGGAAGGAGGAUUAUGAUCGAGCCAGGGCUCGUAUUUUUAGUCCUCAAACAGAGGGUCCACCGUUAACGACCAAUCCAGACGGGAAGAGUUUGUGUAAUUUUAAAAGUGAUGAAAAUGACGGUUUUAAAAACGAUGGAAAUGCAUCUUGUGUAGCCAUUCUUAGGGAUAGGGAAAAAGAUUUAACCGAUCCUGAUUAUGAUCGAAGCUACGAACGGUACGUUCGUAACCUGCCAAUGAGUCAAGGGUUUAACUCGUUGCCUUUGACUUUACCAAAGUUCCAACCACCGUGUGUCCAAUACGAUCCUGUAAUACAACAUCCAAGUCAACUCCCGAUUGGUCAAAGUCAAUCCAAUGUUUGCUACAGGAGUUCGGGUAUGAAUCCUUAUCCUGUUGUUGGUGCAAUGAAUCACAUGUCAAGAGACCCUGUCUAUAUGCAAUGGCCGUCUCAUUCCAUGAUGUAUGCACACGCGCAUGAGCAGUUUAGACAUGCUGUCUUUCAGGCGCCGUUUUGUCAGCAGCAGCCUUUGAGUUUUGAUUACUCUCAAAACCGUUAAGCUUGCAUUGGUUUUACAGGAGCAACUACAUUGAAUUGGAACAGCAUAGCUUUGUUUUGUUUUGUACUAGGAGGUUAUCUUGUUAUUUGUGGCCAUUUGUCAAACACUUUUGUCUAAUUCAACUUAUAACACAUUAUUGUAUGGUAUGGCAAGUUCUAUCAUUGUUUGUACUUUGUGGUGAA